GGCCUCGUCGGCAGCUACGCACGUUUUUGGCAACGUUCGUCGAUGCCCAUAGCUCUGAUCGUGGCAAUGGUGUUGAUCGUGUGCACGACGUCGACGUAGCUGCCGAGAGCCGGCGCGCGACUCGACGACUCCUUUUCGCGCAGUGCUGCCGUGACGGUCGAUCGAAGCGCACCGCUGAAACCUGGGAAUGCCACGCAACCUUCCAUUUUAACGACUCCACGAUGCAUCUGCCCGGCUGCCACGUCGUCGUCCCGUGCCCUCCGUUCGAGUCUCCGGAUGGUUAUCUGAGUUACAGGAGGCUCGUGUAUCGACAAGUACCAGCGUGAACCCUCCUACGCUAGCUGCCGCCCAGAAACUCGUCCGAACCAGCGGUAUAUCCACCCUGUGGUUUCCUCGCUCGUUCGCGAACAGUACCGUAUCUACCUUUUGGAAAUUGUUCUCGUUGAAUUAGAAUAUCUCGAGUCUCGUUGACGAAUGACGACAGCAAGGUAGAAGGAACGUUCUACUAUCGCAAGAGGGACAGAGUCGACCAAAGAAGCCUGUUUCCAGUGAAGUAUUUUUCUGAUUAUAUCGUUAGUAAAGUGAUCAGGCGAAUCUGUGCGCUCGAUCGAUCGUAAUCGCAAGGCCGUUGCUUGUGCAAGGAACAUAAACACGAUGGUUAAGUAGUGGAGGCUCGAUAAGGGCUGCUCGAGUGCCUGAUCACCCCCUGGUCUGGUUCUGUUGCAGCUGCGUACCGAGAACACUCUCUCUUCUUCGUCGAUAACCAGCCAAUAAACGGCGGGGAGAGCACGCUCGCGAGGCAGAAGCAGCGUCGGACCCGCGGUCGCACUACUACGUCUCUCUCUCUCUGUGUCUCUCUGUUCUUCGCUGUACUCCAAAGGGUUCGUUGACACUGUGGCUAGGAAAUCGACUUUGGAACUCGUUGGCCGCCGAAAAAGGUCACCGACGAUACAAAUAUAGAAACGCGGUGGAACGAGGCCGACAGUGGAGCGAUAUCGAAGAGGAGAAGGGAAGCGCGGCUGUUUAAGGAUCCCUGCCGUGUCUCGUUUGUGAAUCGAUAGGAAUUUUUCUCCUCUGUUAAGCGGAAUCUCUAACGAAUCGUUCUGAUAUACGGAAGAAUCUUGAGAAUCUCAUGUGUGUUUAGGAAAACAGUUCGAAGAAGUUGUUGUUGCUAUCGCGAACCGUGUGUACAACGAGUGAUAGAAAACAGAAUCUGAGAGUAAAUGCCUGCCAUAGAAGCAAUAAGCGAGCCUGGCUCGUUUAAUCUGCAACUUCAAUAAAUAGGACUACCGUAGAAAUCGGACCUACUGCUGAGAGUGUGAAACGAUCGUCUUCCACGUGUGAUACAAUACGAUACAGUCUCCUCGAACGAUUCUUAAACGAUCAUCGUUUAGGAAACGGAAUAAUAGAAUAAUUGCGAAAUAAUCUUGCGUCGAGUACACAAACGAAUAAGUAAAUAAAUAAACGAAAUCUUGGACGUUGAAUAAAUAAAUAAUUCUUAGAGACUCGGAAGAUUAUACCGUGAGAGCAAAACUCGUGGUAGAAAAAAGCACGAGAAGGGUGCAGUGAGGUAGAUACACGAGGGUGCACUCCCUUCGAACAGCGGGAGCCAUUGAAACUAAGGUUUCUCGAGGUCGGAGGUCUCUGAUGGUACAGAGGGUGACUCAGCACCGGUGGACGAGCGCGAAAAAUCAGCGCGGUCCCCGUAACCAAGAUCGGCAUCAUAGUCGUCGAGUAACAUCGUCAUGGCUCCACGUAUCGUCAUCUCGACGAUGAUCGCGUUUGCGUUGAUCCUUGCUUGCUGGUCUGCUCAAGGUCACGCGGGUUUAGCGAGGUUCUACGAGUCCGUGCCCGAUCUACAACCGGACAGACGAAUUCCUAACAACGACUACGCGAUUCACGGACCGAUCGUCGACGAUCAUGAGUUCCCUCGAGAUCUCAGGGAGCCUUAUCCAGGCAAGAGUUUCGGUCCCAUGGGUCCGAUCGAUGGUUCGUUGCCCGAUGACGUAUCUUUUCGAAGUUUGGCCUCCGGACAAGAGGAAGCAGCCAAUUCCAUGGAACAUUUGUCGUCGAAUCAGGCGAUGGAAGGGCACGAAGAUGAAUCUAAGCCUAGCAAACCGGAGUAUAAGAUCAUGUCUGUGGAGUUUCAUCGGGUCGAGACACCGUUUAUCAUUGGAAUCUGGAUCUUCUUCGCGAGUCUCGCGAAAAUAGGCUUCCACAUGACGUCAAAGCUGAGCAAGAUCUUUCCGGAGUCCUGUUUGCUGAUCGUUGUCGGCGUCGUCGUUGGUGUCUUACUGUUCCAGGCGAGCAGCGUCCACGUGUCACCCUUAACUCCCGACACGUUCUUCCUCUACAUGCUACCGCCCAUCAUCCUGGAUGCCGGCUAUUUCAUGCCGAACCGACUAUUCUUCGACCACCUGGGAACGAUACUCCUGUUCGCCGUCAUUGGGACUAUAUUUAACACCUUGUCGAUAGGAGCUUCGUUGUGGGUGUUAGGUAAGAGCGGCCUGUUCGGUUUCGAAACUCCGCUGUUGCAAAUGUUCCUGUUCUCCGCGUUGAUCAGCGCCGUCGAUCCUGUCGCCGUGCUAGCGGUCUUCGAGGAAAUUCACGUGAACGAAAUCUUGUACAUCGUCGUAUUCGGGGAGAGCUUGUUGAACGACGCUGUCACCGUCGUACUGUACCACAUGUUCGAGGCGUACAACGAGAUAGGACCAACGGAAAUACUCUACACGGACGUACUGUCAGGAUUUGCUUCGUUCUUCGUGGUGGCGAUCGGCGGCACGAUAAUAGGAGUGAUAUGGGGUAUCGCAACUGGAUUCGUUACGAGGUUCACUCAUCAGGUUCGCGUGAUCGAGCCCAUCUUCAUAUUCGUCAUGGCUUACCUGGCCUACCUAAACGCUGAGAUUUUUCACAUGUCCAGCAUUCUGGCGAUCACCUUCUGCGGCAUCACAAUGAAGAAUUACGUGGAGGCGAAUAUCUCGCACAAAUCGCACACAACCGUCAAAUACACGAUGAAGAUGUUGUCAAGCAGCUCGGAAACCAUCAUAUUUAUGUUCCUCGGAGUCGCUACGGUGAACAACCGUCACGACUGGAACACGUGGUUCGUCGUCAUGACCAUCGUAUUCUGCUCGGUUUAUCGAAUCGUUGGCGUGAUCUUACUGACAGCCUUGGCUAAUCAAUUUCGACUGCACAAGCUGAACAAGGUGGAGAAGUUCGUGAUGUCUUACGGUGGCUUACGAGGUGCUGUAGCGUUUGCUCUGGUCCUGCUGAUCGACCCAAAGCACGUGUCCUUGCAGCCAAUGUUCGUCACCACUACGAUAGCAGUCAUCUACUUCACGGUGUUCAUACAGGGAAUCACGAUCAAGCCGCUCGUAAAAAUCCUGAACGUGAAACGGGCAGAGAAGAAGAAACCUACCAUGAACGAGAGGAUCCACGAACGGAUAAUGGACCACGUGAUGGCUGGGGUCGAGGACAUUUUGGGCAAGCACGGCAAUUACCAUGUUCGAGACAAAUUCAAGCGGUUCGAUAAUAAAUUCGUUCGUCCGUACCUAGUGAGGGAUCACUGUGGCGCGGAACCGAAAAUAUUGGAAACGUACUCGAAGCUCGCGAUGAAAGACGCUUUGGAUUACAUUAGAAGGAACGCGUCCACCAUCGGCAAUAUCAGCGGAACUGAAAGCAUGUCCGCGAUAUUCCGCAACUAUAGCAACACAGGACAGUUCAAUGGAAGUCCGAGUUGCAGCCAGCUUGAAGCGGGCUGGAAUAUUGAUCUCCAAGAACUGGAGUACAACCCUUCCAAGAAGGACUUGACGGACGCCAGGAUCCACCACCUAUUGGCCGAAGAACUUUGCAAGCCAUACAAGAGGCAUGGAACGAAACUGUUGCAGCAUCGGCGUCUAAGCUACAGCCGACACGCGGUGAACGAUCGCGAUCUCUCGACCCAAGUCAAUUACAAAAUGCACAUGAACAUACGUCGGAUGAUGGGAGAGCACAAGCAUCGUCACAAGCGCAGUAAAAAAUUGCUCAAAGACGGUAAGCAGAAUCACGUGAGUUUUCCGGAGUUCCAGCAAAAUGGCUCGACGAAGUUGUUCACACAAGAUUACAUCAAUGGCGUCCUGUACGAAUUGGAGAACGGAGACACGUCAAAGCCUUCGAGCAAAGAGGACUGGGACUCGGCGAUUACUUUCACAGCUCGUACUUCCGACUCGUUGAACGUGAAUGUGGACAACCACCACGGCGCCACCACCACUACCUCGAUGGACACCAUAAAUACCGACGAUCCCGAUAUGAAAUUAGGACGAGACGAAACCUACAGGGUAACGACACCAACAGCCACGGAGACCAUGUUACCAUGGAAGCGAGAAGACGAUUACGAUUCCGGGCACCCGAUUAAACAGAAUGAAUUCCCCGCUUGGUGUUCAAACAAGGAGUACCUGGCUUACAGUUCCCCAUCAGCCACAUUCUUAGGUGGAAUCGAGCAACCAAAGGUCCAGUCAGUAAUUGGUCUAUUCCGUGGUGAGAGUGUGUGCACCCCGGAUGGUAUCGAUUGCCAGGAAACUGUGGACGAGCGUGACGAGUACACGUUGACGGGGACAGAACAGACGGAGGAUUCGCCCACGAAAACCUUCAGUGAAUACGAGAAAGACAGCAAGAAGGGACCCACUAGGCGAGUAUCCAUGAUGGAGCUGUGCUCCAUGGAGAAAUCGCAAUCGGACAAGUGUACGGAGGACGGAUCCCAUUCCCUGCCAGAGUGUUGGAAUCCUCAACGGAUCCGAAUGAGCUCGUUCGCAUACUCGGCCCAGGUUCCAAGUCUCUCCACCGCCCUUAUCACCUCUUCCUCCGAAUCGUCGGAGGAGAUAGACGAGGAGGAAGAGAAAGCUUGACCUUUGGGGAUCGUCGAGGAACAGACGUCAUCGUUCGCGGUCGACGAGCGUCGUCUUCGUCGGCCAUGGCGGCGGCCACCUCGGCGUUCGUUGUUCUCGUCUCUCUUACGUCGACCUAGCGCUCCGGUCUGAACAGAGGACGUGCCUCUAAUAUCUUUCGCCCCAUUCUAGGGAGAUACGAUCAACCUUUCAACCGAAAACGAAAAUAAUAUUUGUUCCCCCUUUGACGAUCGCCGAUCUCGCUCCCUUCGAGGAUGGACACUUUAAUAGAACUCACACUGGAGACGUCGAGCUGUUUUGACAGCUCUUGUUCUCUUCCACAGGACCAGAUUACAUGACGGAAAGUACCCCUCGUUUUGACUACCGAUGCUUUCAUUCGCACGCAGAAACGAAUGCUUUGGAGUUGUACGGGGUGUCCCAAAAAUUAGUCCCUUGUUUGUUUUUUUUUUUUUUAAAUAAUUUCCGAGGGAAAUGAGAAAUUGUUGGAUCUUUGUGCAAGGUAUAAUAAGAGAAGCUUUACCUUUGUAUCUUUGUACAAUUUCUUAAUGGAAUAAGGUAGACACAUUUUAGCAAUAAUUUAUUGAAUCGUUGGAAUUGCGUUUCUCUCUCUUUUUGGUCUACCAGCCACGGCGAGGGAAUCUUCAAGACGUUUGAUAAUUUAGAGAAUAAUAGGAUUACUUGACACAAAUUCACGACAGAAAGAGAAAUGAAAUUAUGCGACUGAUGAUUCAUUGAUCAAUGUAUGGGACAAUCUCUCGGGACACCCUAAAUUAGAUCGUCCAAUAAGUUCGUCGUCUCUACGACGUUAUUUUACGAAUACAGAACGAUAAGCGAUCAAGAUGACCAAUGACCAACCUUCAAUAAGAUCAAGGCCAACCCAGAAAAAGCACUUGUAAAGAACGAUUCGGUGGAUAUCAUUUUGAUUGCUGCAUAUUUAAGAAUCGUAACUGGAAAUGAAAUUCUAGUACAAAACAGCCCAGGAGUCUGACGUUUUGAAUAUUCCAGAAUUAACUAUCCAUCGAUAUCUAAAACAGAAUGAGACUGGACCGAAGUUAAAAACAUCUAAAUAUGAAAGAAAUGUGAACGAACUUAUUAGGCGACCUAAUACGUUACUUAGGUAGAAUUCUUCGAUCUCAGAGGAGACAAACAAGUAUUUUCUCGGUUGGUUUAAUCGAUAGAAUCGUUGACACAAUGAUAUAUAAUACAGUUGACGUUGUAGUAGCGUGAUUUUCAAUAUAGCGAUGUUACCAUUUUUCGACGAGAAUGAUUCAGUCGAGGUUGCGUUCUCUUUUGAUACUCGGUGAUCGUGUGAAUCCAUUUUGAAUAUUCGACCAUGAGAGUGAUACAAGUGAAAUAAAGAGUGCAAGAGCGAGAGAAAGAGCGAAAGUAAGAAAGAGAGAAAGAGAGAGAGAGAGAGAGAGAAAGAGCUAUUUUUUUAAACCGACGAUACACCUCGUUUCCUCCGUAGCACGACUGACGGAUGAAAAGUAUUAACGAAUAGACUUGGAGGAACGUUUUUUGGUAGUUGAUUUUUCAAAUGCUUCCUGAGAAGAAUGAUUCGUCCAUUGGAAGGGAGAUGCUUUCGAUCAGCAGGAACGAAAGAUUUUUGAAGCACCGACGAUUCUUCGUCGAUGUGUUGCUUUCUGCGUGCUGAGAAAGAUCGUGAACCAGAAAAAUCACGCGAUUUCUUUCUCUUAGACGCCAUAAUAGCGUGUAUCCCUUGUAGCGACGACUCGUUUUAACGAUCGCUCAUUAACUUGGUAUCGUGGCCUUAAGAUUCCUAAAAAUAUCUUAGCAGCAACUUCGAACCUUCCGGUAUACUGUAAAAAGGAUGAAGAGGAAAAACAAGGAGAAUGAGAUUGAAGGUAUAAAAAGGGUGACUUGUUUUUGUGGGAAAAACUCGAGGGACCUUGAUACGUGUUGCGUUUAAAUGACGAUUAAAUCAUGACAUGUAAACGUGGUGAUCUCUUUCUUUUUUUUUUUUUCUUUCUUUUUCGGUUUUUUUGGUAACACCAACGCUAAAUAGUCUUUCGAAAAUGAAGUAUAUAUAUAUAUAAAUAUAUAUAUGUAUAAUAUGUACAAGUUUGGUAUUAUACUCGAUACGCAACGCUGAAAUCGUCGUGCGAUUCGCUUUCGAGUUUAUAGACGCGAGUCUAGAUUUAGACACGCCAUGUGGCGUAUAUACUGAUGUAAAGUAAAAAUGGGGACGAUUAAUUAUUCCUGUUGUGUUUUGAAAAUAUGGAAAUGUUGGGCAGAAGAGAAUGAGAGACUUCAGGCUGUUCUUUCGUUUCGAUAUUUCAUAAGAGAGUAUUUUCUAGGAUUUAUUUAUCAUUCAUAUCAUUUUCUGCCAUUCGUUUACUCUAACGCUAUUGGUUCGUAUAAGAAAAAUUAAGAAUACAAUUGAUCGAUAGAUUUCAAUUUAUCUUCAUUUCACAGAAUAAUCUAUUUAUUAUUUUUAUUUCUACACAGCGAGAGUUGAAAAUAGAAUAAAAUUGUCUCCAUUUCGGGUAUAUCUAUUUGUUCAUUUCGUUUUAUAAAAUAUUCUUCUCUUUGUGGAACAAAAAAUAGAGCGAUUCUUCGAUAAUUUCUUUUUCUUGCGUAGCGAAAAUAAAAUAAUUGCGCGGAGUAUACGAUCGACCGAUAAAAUCCAAAUUGAUCUGGAAAUAGAAAAAAAUUGCGAUUUAUUUACAUUUACCGAACAUUCGAUCUAUCGAAUUCCUCAGUUUUCUUCCAACGAGACUUCCGUGUUUUCAAAAACAACGAUGUCCCCCUUUAGAUUACUCACUUUACUCUCACGCUAGAUUUUUUGCAGCGAUUCUUGCGAAUUUUCAACUACGAAAAAAAAAAAAAAAUACUACACUCGGCGUCCAAAACAUUAAGUCUCGACAUGUAUAUUCGACAUGAUGUUAUACUAAAAGUACGCGUAAAUUUUAGAGAAAACUUUUCGCCUAUAUUUAUCUGUUUCAAAAAAAUUCACGAGGACCACUGCAUCAAACUAGUUCGAACACAGUGAUCUCUUGAAUCAUACAGACGAAGAAUCUCUACGAUCGAAACAAUAACAAGAAAACAACAAAGCAAACUGUCGAAAAGAUGCUGGAAAAUAAGAAUAUCGAGCAUCUCUAAUAGAACUCACCAUAUUACAAUCGUCGAAAUCUCUUUCACGCUCACACACACACGCACACACACUCGUUCGCAAACACACACACACACGCUCACACACACACACACACACACUUGAAAGUUGUUUAAACGAAACGCUCCUCCUCUCCUUAAGUAUGGCCUUAAAAGAAGCAGAAAACAGAAAAUAAAAAAUAACUAACUUAAUAAAUAAAUAACCGACUAACAGUCUCGUGUAGAAAAACAGCCGCGGAAGCGUCGUAGGUCUGUACUUAACGCAUUCAAUGAAACCACCGUAUGUACAUAACGAGACAAGAGACAAAAGAUACUGGGAAAGAUCGUAAGAAGAUCGAGGGAAAAGCCAAAAAAAAAAAAAAAAAAAGGAAAAAAAGCAAGAAA